CGUGCGCAGUGGCGAGCAGUUUGAACGUUGAGAUGGCGGGUAAACAAGCGGCGCGAGAGGGCAUCACCCUGAGGGGCAGCGCGGCCAUUGUGUCUGAGUUCUUCAGUUAUGGAAUCAACAGCAUCUUAUACCAACGUGGAAUCUACCCAGCAGAAUCCUUCAAACAUUUACAGAAAUAUGGACUUACAAUACUCGUCACUACAGAUCCAGUUCUCAGCAACUAUCUGAAAAAUGUAGUCGAACAGUUGAAAGAUUGGUUAUCCAACCACUCUGUGCAAAGGCUUGUGGUGGUAAUUAACAGUAUCGAAGCCAAUGAGGUUCUGGAAAGAUGGCAAUUUGAUAUUGAGUGCGACAAAACCAUGACUGAUGACAGCCAACCAAGGGAGAAAACUGAGAAAGCGAUUCAAAGUGAAAUUCGAUCUGUUAUUAGACAGAUUACUGCCACUGUGACUUUCUUGCCUUUGUUGGAAACUGCGUGUUCUUUUGAUCUUUUGAUCUACACAGACAAAGAUUUGGUGGUGCCGGAGAAAUGGGAAGAAUCGGGACCACAGUUUAUCAACAACUCAGAAGAAGUCCGGCUUCGAUCUUUCACCACCACCAUUCACAAAGUGAGCAGUAUGGUUGCAUACAAAAAAAUAGAUUCCUCUAAUGGGACAUAAGUGUUCAAUGUUGUUCUUGUAUAGUAAACUGUCUUGUAAGCAUUUGAAUUACUGCCAUUUGAUCAUUGCAAUACCUAUAAGACUAAGUCUAUAAAGUGUCUGGAUUAUAUUUUCUCCUGUCCUUGUUUCAUACCUUGAUAUCAGUUUUUAUUUUUGUUUCUUUUCCCAAUGAAUAGUUGGAAAAUGUUUGUCAUGGCAUAUGUUCAAAAAAUGUGUUGUGAUAGAGUUUGGAAAAGCAUACUGUUGUACCUGUACAUGUGUAUAUGUUUACAUAUAUACUGCUGACUAAUCCUGAUUCUGUUUGACUGCUUUUGGAGAAGAAAUGUGGCAGAGCAUAGGGCACAAUUUACCGACCACCUACAUUCAGUUCUGCUGGUUGGAAAGAGCUCUUAGGACAUCUGGCUCUUUUCAAUCAAAAUAGAAUGGUAGCACAGGAGGCUACUUUUAUAACUUAAAGAAAGUAAAAGGUGGAUUUUAUACUCGCUGUGUUUAUACUGAGACUGUUGUGAAGCAAAAGUGAUCCAAAAUUCUUCGAGAUAAUUUCACAUUAAUGUUCUUGGAAUCGGGCUGGCACUGGCAUUUGUACUGAACAUUUUGACACUUGCAUGUUGUAUGUCACCAGUGCAACACUGGUGCCAAAGUGCAGAAUAAAAUGGGCAGAUAAACAUGCCUGUGAAAUUGAGCUCCAUUCUGAUCAGCUAAAUAUAUUUAUUAGAGCUAAUGUGGGAAAGAAACAAUUUAACAGCUUUAGGUUUAGAUUACUUAUCAAAAUAUUUUAGCAACAACUGGGCUGCAGAAGCUUGAAAUUCCUUUAUUUUCUUUCAAACUGUUUUGAAAUUAAAUCUUGUCAUUGUAGGAUAUAAGAAUUUUUUUUAAAAAAUAAAGAUAUUUCAAAGA